CACCGACCACCCCGCAGAGUCUAGUGGCUACAACGAUGUUGUCAUGUAGGACCAUGCUACGUAGUUACUCAUUAUUGCCGCCAACCUUCCGACUUAAGAGUAGUGACUACCAUUACCUACUGCAUUCCGCCUAUUCUUUCUUCGUCCCAUGCAUCCUUUCCGUCCUUUUCAUUUCGCCCACAACGUGUAAUUAGGCCCGAGCGGCGACCGUGAUUCCAUUAGUUGGGAUAGCGGUAUAUGAAUCGUAUUUAAACCGCUCUCACACGCUUCUCGAGUGGUCUUCGAGUACUGCUAA